CCAGCUGUUCGGUGCUCUUGACCACACACCGAAAGUCACGCCUCGUCACAAGCGGCAUUGAAAGCCCUAGAAUCAACGGCCAACCCAAACUUACUCGCGUAUUAAUUUAAAUUAGGGUCUCUGUUUGCGUUCAACUAUCUGAUUUUGCUUUUACCACUUAAAAAACUGAGUGGUUUUAGCAAAAAAGUGAGUGGAUUUAGUCAAUCAGAGCUUUAAUCAAAAUACACAAAAUCGUCACCAAAUGUGGACGUAGCUCGAGCCUCCUCCGAGAGGAUUGAUUCUCUCUUUGGUCGGUUUUGAAUAAAGGGGAUGGUGGAGCUUGAGCGAACUCAGAAUCCAUGGGUGACUACAGACCAGACCUCAAGGGUCGAAAUCAACGGUCAUGGUUCCUUAAUGGUUGAUGGAGCAGAGCCUGGAUUAUCUGUUCCUCACCCUCACCAAUCAAACCGGAAAUCUGAGGGGAAAUUAGAGCUUGUGGAAAGAGCUUUCUCUGCUGCCGGUGCUGCCUUUCUAUCAGCUAUUAUAGUUAACCCUCUUGAUGUUGCCAAGACAAGGUUACAGGCGCAGGCUGCAGGGGUUCCUUAUUCCCACCCACUUAGCAACAUCACUAGUCGAAUGGCGUAUUUUGGGCCAAACAUGAUGUUUGCUGAUCUUAGGUGUUCUCCAUCAUGCACGCGCGCUGGAGUUCAUGGAACAGUUUCGAUUUGCCCCCCUGAUUGUUUUCAAUACAAAGGAACUCUUGAUGUCUUCUGCAAAAUCAUACGACAGGAAGGAAUUGCUAGGCUAUGGAGAGGCACAAAUGCUGGUCUGGCCCUGGCUGUACCAACGGUGGGAAUCUAUCUACCAUGCUAUGAUGUGUUUCGCAGUUGGAUGGAGGAUUUUACCUCCCAGAAUAUUCCUGGUGCAACACCAUAUGUGCCUUUAGUAGCAGGUUCAUUGGCACGUUCUUUAGCUUGUGCAACUUGUUAUCCUAUCGAACUUGCAAGAACUCGCAUGCAGGCAUUUAAAGCAGCCCAUAUUGGUAAACCUCCUGGAGUUUGGAAAACUCUGCUGGAGGUCCUUUCCCAUGUCAGGAGCACUAGUAAUGUCCAAAACAACCUGGGAGGUUACCGCGUGUUAUGGACAGGCAUGGGGGCACAGCUUGCUCGUGAUGUUCCAUUCUCUGCAAUUUGCUGGUCAACCCUUGAGCCAAUCAGGAGAAAACUAUUAAGUUUGGUUGGUGAGGAAUCCAAUGCUGCAAGUGUUCUUGGAGCAAACUUUUCUGCUGGUUUUGUUGCUGGUAGUCUUGCUGCCGCUGCUACCUGUCCUCUAGAUGUUGCCAAAACCCGAAGACAGAUAGAGAAGGAUCCUAUAAGGGCAUUGAGGAUGACAACACGGCAAGUAUUGUCAGAUGUUUGGAGAGAUGGAGGAAUGAAAGCACUAUUCACAGGUGUUGGUCCUCGUGUUGCUCGUGCAGGGCCAUCUGUUGGGAUUGUGGUUUCAUUUUAUGAAGUUGUGAAGUAUGUUCUGCAACGACAUUAUGCAACUUCAUGACAAAAGAGGCGGGUUUUAGUGUGCUUUAUCAGUUCUUUUGGGUAUCUGUUAAAUCAAUUUUUGGUGACGGUACAGGAGUCACACUUGACUUUGAAGAAGUAGCCACCGGAUAUCAUGUGAAUAAUAUAGCAAGCAAAGAAGAGAAUACAGUUCUGAUUGUGUUAGGUUCUUUUCUCUAGGCCUGCAAGUGCACGAUGGAAGCAUUUGGUAUCUUUGUCCAAUUUUUUUUUUCUUAGGGUACUUGCAAUGCACAGCUCAGAAUGAGCGUGAAUUUUGUUAACUUGGGAGAUUUCCCUAAUCUAGGAUUUAUCAGAUUUUUAAUAGUCUGCUAACCUAUAGUUCUUUUUCUAACAUAAUAGAAGUUUUUAGUUAACCAGACCGUUCUUGCAAGUGGUUUUGUGGCUAAGUUGUUGCAGUUCGUUUAGGCUUGUUAUGGAUUGUGAAGUACAAAAGUUAAAGAAUUGCCUUGAUCGUUAUUUUGUUCAGAA